AUGUCCUCUCGCAAUGCAAGAGCAAGUAGCCUCUCUUCCGCAACCUCCGAGCUGGAAGAGGCUCCCACCUUUGAGGAUAUCCGCUCGGAGCCUGUCAGCCGGCGUCAGACGAAUAUCGAUCUCGCUCGAGUUGAGAGUCUUCGUCUGACACAGCGAUCAACGGUCGGCUCCUCUGCAGGACCAGCGCCCCGAGAAGAAUGGCUUCCAUUUGGCGACGGGAAGGACUAUCCUCCCUUACUACCUGAUCCGGAGAAAUACGUUGUUGGAUUUGACGGAGUAGACGACCCAAUGCACCCGCAUAACUGGUCAACCUCUACAAAGGUCCUCCUGUCCGUCAUCCUGGCCUACAACACCUUCACCGCAUCAUUUGCCAGCGCCAUCUUCUCAUCCGCUAUCGGCGCCAUCUCGGAGAAGUUCAGCAUCAGCACAGAAGUUGCCACGUUAGGUGUCACCCUUUAUGUCCUCGGGUUCUCCGCAGGUCCAACGAUAUGGGCCCCUGCUUCGGAGUUGAUCGGUCGACGGUGGCCGAUCACGAUAGGAAUGCUCGGAUAUAGUAUCUUCACCAUUGGGACUGCAACAGCAAAGGAUACGCAGACCCUCUUCAUCACUCGAUUCUUUGCUGGGCUGUUCUCCGCCAGUCCCUUGGCCAUCGUGCCCGCUGCCUUUGCUGACAUGUACAACAACAGCCACCGAGGUAUAGCGAUUGCCAUGUUUGCAAUGGCCGUCUUCGUUGGCCCCUUCGCAUCCCCUUUUACCGGAGGUUUCAUCACAAUGAGUUAUCUGGGUUGGCGAUGGACCAUGUACAUCUCCGCCAUCAUGGGGUUCUUCGGUGUCGUCCUCCUCAUCUUCUUCUACAAGGAAACAUAUGCUCCGGUGGUGCUGGUCGAGAAGGCCGCAACUUUGAGGCGUCAGACACACAAUUGGGGAAUCCACGCAAAGCAGGAUGAGGUUGAGCUUGACCUUAACGAACUGCUCACGAACAACUUCAGCCGGCCGUUUCGCAUGCUUCUGACCGAGCCCAUCGUGUUCCUCAUCACGAUUUACAUGUCUUUCAUAUACGGAAUCCUGUAUGCACUGCUCGGAGCCUAUCCGGUCGUGUUCCAACGCACCCACGGAUUGAAUCUGGGCGUGGGUAGCCUGCCGUUCAUCGGCCUGAUCGUGGGCGAGUUGGCUGGUGGAAUCUAUACCUUGCUCGACGCCAAGAAUUAUGUGCGAAAAUUGCGGAAUAACAACGAUGUUCCAAUUCCAGAGUGGCGACUGCCACCGACCAUCAUCGGUGGGAUCGCUUUCACAAUCGGCUUGUUCUGGUACGGCUGGACAGGCUGGACACGCUCGAUCCACUGGAUGGCUCCCACGGCUUCCGGAGUAUUUACAGGAUUCGGAAUUUAUGUCAUCUUCCUGCAGUGCUUUAACUAUUUGAUCGACUCGUACCUUCAAUUUGCGGCAUCGGUCUUCGCCGCCAACACCAUCCUUCGAUCAGCUGAUCUGCCUGCAGACGUUUGGAUCCAAAUGCAGACUCUUCAGGCAAAUCUAUGCCGGCGCCAUCCCCGUCCGACUUUACCUUCAGGUGUUCUUGAAGAUAUAGACUCUAUCCUCCAGUACCAACUCAGCCAUUCUCUCUUGACACCCUCUGAAACCAUCUCAGCGACACUCCUGCUUCCAAAGAGCAAUGUCACACUUCGUCUCUGGAAAGGAGACAUCACAACCCUUUCCAAUACAACUGCCAUCGUCAACGCCGCGAAUUCUGCUCUUCUGGGCUGCUUCAACCCCAAUCACCGUUGCAUUGACAAUGUCAUCCACCCGGCUGCAGGCCCUCGACUACGCGAGGCCUGUUACCAGCUCAUGAGCCAACAAGCCCAUCCCGAGCCCGUUGGCGCGGUCAAAGUGACGCCUGGGUUCAACCUUCCGGCCCAGUACGUGCUGCACACUGUUGGUCCACAACUGAGGGACAGACGAAGCGAACCAAAAGAGCCCACGGAAAAACAGAAGCGGCAAUUAGCAGCAUGCUAUCGGUCCUGUUUGGAGGCCACAGAGAAGCUCCCUGCGUUAGCAGACGGCAGAAAGGUUGUCGCUUUCUGUUGCAUCUCCACCGGCCUGUUUGCGUUCCCGGCCGAGGUCGCUGUAGAGAUCGCUGUGAAUGUGGUAACCGGCUGGUGCGAGGACCAUGAGGACACAUCGUUGACGGAUGUGAUCUUUGAUGUGUUCUUAGAAAGUGACUGGGAGCUGUAUCGUCGGAAACUCACAGAUUUGAAUCAAUCAAAGUCGCUUCUUGGCAGUUCCUUCGAACCACUUCAGUUAAGGCAUCUCAAACAUCCUUCGAUCCGCAAGGCAAGGCGAUGGAUCGAGGAGGCAGACACUCUGAUCAUCAGUGCUGGCGCCGGGCUGUCGGCCGCCACUGGGUUGGAUUAUACCUCCCCGGAUUUGUUCAAGCAGUACUUCCCUGCUUUUAUGCCUAUGGGCUUACGUAGAUUGUAUGAUGUCUUCGGCUUCGACGGUUGGGAGUCUCUGAAUCAGAAAUGGGGAUACUAUUUCCAGCAUCUGGCCAUGGUACGCUCCUGGCCUUCCUCGCCGCUAUACCGGCAGUUGCUCGAUUUGGCCAACCGCUUUGGAACAAACUGUUUCAUUCGCACCUCGAAUGCAGAUGGGCUUUUCGUCGCCAAUGGAUUCAACGCAGACAGUGUUUCCACGCCUCAAGGUCAAUACAAAUACCUCCAAUGUCUCGCUAAAUGCCGACGCGAUGCUGUCUUUGAGUCUGAGCCGUUCGUCGACGCAGCUCUGCCAUUUAUCGACCCCACCACGCAGUGUUUGACCGAGUCUUCCAAGAUACCGUACUGCAAGUAUUGUGGUGAGGAACUGACGCUGUGUGUGCGUGGGGGGAACUAUUUCAACCAGACCCCAUUCCUAGCACAGGAGAGGAAAUAUACUCAAUUUCUGGAGCGAAGGUCGUCAGAUUUGACAUCAACAGUGAUCCUGGAGCUAGGAGUCGGGAUGAACACUCCCUCUGUGCUGCGGUGGCAUAACGAAGACUUGGUGGAGGGAAACCCGCAGAUGAAACUGGUUCGGGCGGGGGUUGGAGCGUCGGGGACUGCACCAUGGAAUUUGGAAGAGCAGGAUCGAGCGCCCAGAGAACGCAAAGGUAGCUACUUCUUCACGGAACUUCGCGCCGGUCUCGCUACCUUUUUCGCUAUGGCCUACAUCAUCAGCGUCAAUUCCAACAUCACCUCCGAAUCGGGCGGCACCUGUGUGUGCCCCCCCGAAAGCCAGGCCGACCUCUGUAAUACCAACACUGAAUACCUGCUGUGUGUCCAGGAAAUCAAGCGCGACCUCGUCACUGCCACGGCUGCCAUCGCCGCAUUGUCUACUUUCUGCAUGGGUCUCUUCUCUAACUUGCCGGUCGCCCUGGCCCCCGGUAUGGGUCUCAAUGCCUAUUUCGCUUACACUGUCGUGGGUUACCACGGCUCCGGCAUGAUCCCUUACAGUCUUGCUCUUACCGCCGUCUUUGUCGAGGGUUUCGUUUUCUUGGGCUUGACUCUGCUCGGUAUCCGACAAUGGUUGGCGCGUGCGUUGCCAGCCUCGAUCAAGCUCGCCACGGGCACAGGUAUCGGUUUAUACCUCACUCUUAUCGGAUUGAGUUACAGCGCAGGUAUCGGCUUGGUAACGGGGUCUACCGAAACCCCUUUGGAAUUGGCAGGCUGCAUCUCUUCUCUGCGCGAUCCGACGACUGGCAUGUGUCCCAGCGAUGCUAAGAUGCGUAACCCAGCGAUGUGGGUGGGCAUAUUUUGUGGUGGUGUGUUCACAGCGCUGCUGAUGCUGUAUCGGAUCAAGGGUGCUGUGAUCAUUGGUAUCUUGCUGGUUUCUAUCAUUUCCUGGCCGCGACCCACGCCGGUCACCUACUUCCCUCAUACGGAGCUGGGUGACAGCAUGUUUGAUUUCUUCAAGCAGGUGGUGACCUUCCAUCCCAUCAAGAAUACACUGGUUGCUCAGGAAUGGAAUCUCUCAGGCCAUGGUGGGCAGUUUGGAUUGGCCUUUAUCACUUUCCUGUAUGUUGAUAUUCUUGACACCACCGGUACUCUGUACUCUAUGGCCCGAUUUGCCGGAACCAUCGAUGAACGCACUCAGGAUUUCGAGGGUAGUGCCCUUGCUUAUAUGGUCGAUGCAAUCAGCAUCUCUAUCGGUUCUCUCUUCGGCUCGCCCCCUGUGACGGCAUUUGUCGAAAGUGGUGCUGGUAUCUCUGAGGGCGGAAAGACGGGUCUUACCUCCUGCGUGACAGGGAUCUGCUUCUUCAUCGCCAUCUUUUUCGCCCCGAUUUUCGCCUCUAUCCCUCCCUGGGCCACCGGCUGCACGCUGGUAAUUGUCGGCGCCCUGAUGUGCAAAGCAGCCGCCGAGAUCAACUGGCGCUACUACGGCGACGCCAUUCCGGCCUUCCUGACCAUCGCCAUCAUGCCCUUCACCUACUCCAUUGCCUAUGGUCUGAUUGCCGGUAUCCUGAGUUACGUCCUGAUUAAUGUGACCGCCUGGCUCGUCGAGAGGGGCUCCCUCGGUCGGGUGGUGCCUCCGAACAAGGAUGAGUCGGAUCCAUGGUCGUAUAAGGUUCCCGGAGGAUUUUUCCCUCCGUGGCUGCGACGGGCCGCUCGGGGCAAGAAGGACUUUUGGCGCGAGGAUGAGGAGGAAUCGGUGGAUAUGGGGGUCGUGCCUGAUGGAUCUGUCUCUUCGCAUGAGCGGACGGAGAGAGAGAAGAGUGGAGUGGAUGUUGGGAACAAAAACCUCUGA